GGCUCAAGAGUGGUGGACGUUGCCAUUGCCAUUGCCAUGAGCAUAUCUUAACUGUUCCAUAUCUCCUUUCUUCUUCGAACUCCUCAAAACUCUCUGCUCAGCGCUUUCAUGAUGAUUUUUGGAAGUGCACUUAACAACGUUUACUUACAACCGAGAUGCUGUGGAAGUGAUUUCAGAUGGACAGUGAAGUGCGCAGACAAUGAAGUUGUUGAGAAAUCCAGACGUGAUGGCCUUUACGUUGAUAAACGUGGAAAAUUGAGAACCUUCGAUCGCAAAAGAUUGUCAAGAAAACGAUGUGGUUCCUUGAGGGGACGAGGAUGGAAGUAUGGAUCUGGUUUUGUUGAUGGGAUCUUCCCUGUUUUGGGCCCUAUUGCUCAACAGAUUAUGGACUUUGUAAGGGAAGAGGUAGAUUAUACGGGACUAUGGGAUUCUCUUGACACUCUACCUCCCAAUAAUUCAACUUGGGAUGAUAUCAUUAGUGUAGCUGUUCAACUUCGUCUUAACAGGAAAUGGGGUCCAAUCAUAUUGAUAUGUGAAUGGAUAUUGAACAAGAGUUCCUUCCGACCAGAUGUGAUUGUGUACAAUCUACUUAUGGAUGCUUAUGGGCAGAAAUCACUGUAUAAGGAUGUAGAAUCUACAUACUUAGAACUUCUUGAAUCUCAUUGCAUUCCAACAGAAGAUACUUAUGCACUUCUUCUGAAGGCCUAUUGCAAAUCUGGAUUGCUAGAGAAGGCUGAAGCUGUCUUUGCUGAAAUGCGAAAGUAUGGCCUUUCACCAAGUGCAAUUGUAUACAAUGCUUAUAUUGAUGGAUUGGUAAAGGGCGGAAACAAUGUCAAAGCAGUGGAGAUCUUUCACAGGAUGAAGAGAGAUGGCUGCCAACCCUCUACAGAUACUUACACAAUGUUAAUAAACGUGUAUGGAAAGGAAAGUAAGUCUCAUAUGGCUCUAAAGAUAUUUGAUGAAAUGAGAAGUCAAAGGUGCAAACCUAACAUCUGCACCUUUACAGCUUUAGUAAACGCAUUUGCUAGAGAGGGACUUUGUGAGAAAGCAGAAGAAAUAUUUGAACAACUGCAAGAGGCUGGUUAUGAGCCUGAUGUCUACGCUUAUAAUGCCCUCAUGGAAGCAUAUAGUCGUGCUGGUUUUCCAUAUGGAGCUGCAGAAAUUUUUUCACUAAUGCAACAUAUGGGAUGUGAACCAGAUAGAGCAUCGUACAAUAUCAUGGUGGAUGCGUAUGGAAGAGCUGGUCUACAUGAGGAUGCGCAAUCCGUUUUCGAAGAGAUGAAACGAAUCGGUAUAACCCCGACAAUGAAAUCCCACAUGCUUCUUUUAUCUGCCCAUUCAAACGCUGGCAAUGCAGCUAAAUGUGAAGAUAUUAUAGGCCAAAUGCACAAAUCUGGCCUCAAACCAGACACAUUUGUUCUCAACAGCAUGCUUAAUCUUUACGGCCGUUUAGGCCAAUUUGGAAAAAUGGAAGCUCUUCUAUCUACAAUGCAAAAAGGGUCAUCAUUUAGAGCAGAUAUCAGCACAUACAACAUCUUGAUCAAUGUGUAUGGGCGAGCAGGUUUUCUGGAGAGAAUGGAGGAGCUGUUCCUGUUGCUUCCAGCAAAGAAUUUAGAACCCGACGUCGUGACGUGGACUUCUCGGAUUGGUGCAUACUCCAGAAAGAAGCUUUAUAAAAGAUGCUUGGAAAUAUUUGAACAGAUGAUUGAUGCUGGUUGUUAUCCAGAUGGGGGAACUGCCAAAGUACUUCUCUCAGCAUGUUCUAGUGAAGAGCAGAUUGAACAGGUAACCAAUGUUAUUAGAACAAUGCACAAGGAUGUCAAAACUGUAUUGCCUGUCUGAAAAUUUACAUCUCAUACCUUAAUUGUACAUGGUUAUGUCCCAAUAAUAUUAAAAUUCAACUUAGCAUACCUUUAUUAGUUCGAUAAUUUGUGGGGUGGGGAUUCACUUCUCAUACCUUAAUUGUACAUGGUCUCUGGUUCUUAUCGUAGGUUGGUUUAUCAAAAGCCGGAUAAACAAUUA